UAAUGCUCCUUCCACUACCGCUCCUACAGUAAAUAUUUGUGUUUGCUCAACCGGCUGUAAUGGUGGAAGACUGAGGUAGAGAAACGGAAUACAACUAGAGGGAAGAAAGAGGAAAAACGGUCGAAAGUCGGUUUUAGAGCCAGUCGCCGCCAGCAGGACACGGGCUUCGUCGAAAAUGGAUGAACUCAAACAUCAAGUCAUGAUUAACCAGUUCGUCCUGACGGCGGGUUGUGCGGCAGACCAAGCGAAGCAGCUUUUGCAAGCGGCACAUUGGCAGUUCGAGACUGCCCUCAGUGCCUUUUUUCAAGAAACAAAUAUUCCGUACGGCCAUCAUCAUCAAAUGAUGUGCACCCCAGCCAACACACCAGCGACACCCCCCAACUUCCCGGACGCGUUGACCAUGUUCUCCAGGCUGAAGGCGUCCGAGAGCUUCAACAGUGGCAGCGGCGCCAGUUCCAUGGCUGCCUCCAUGGCCACCUCACCCCCCCAGGUCGGCGGCUGGGGGUUCUCACCAAACGUUCCUAAUGUGCCGCAACCUCCACAUGGACUCUGGACUCAGGGGCAGCCCCCCACGCAGCCCUGCCCCUCCUGGCCCACGGGCGUAAACCCCCAUGCAGGUGCUGAGCAGAAGGCUAGUGUAGUGAUGGAGGCUGAGAGAUGAAGGGCAGCAUGGGACUGAAAAGCCCCCGUUUCCACCCCGGGGAGGGAGGGGAACAGGAGGAUAAAUGCGGGGAGGGCGGAAGAUGAUAAUGGGUAGAAAUGGGUUUUGAUCUUUUUUCCCAAAAUACGGAUGGAUAUGGAAAUAGACGAAAGCUACGCAAAGAUACCAAGAAAAACUCAAUGUGGACAAUUUAAGAAGAGGAGAAAACCAAUGCAAAUGUCAAUACAAAAAUAGAAGAAGAAAACGAUGCACACACACACAUAGUAAUAAGAGAGCAACUGAAAUCUUUGUUAGUUUUUCCUAAAUAAAUGCGUAGAAAAAAAAAAUAUUCUUGAACUUAA